AUGAGCUGCCAAGAGAGCGAGUACCGGGAUGAGCAUGGGAAAUGCACUCCCUGCAGAAAGUGCAUGUCCGGGCAGGAGCUUUCCAAGGACUGUGGCUACGGCAGCGGGGGGGAUGCGCAGUGCGUCGCCUGCCCUCCCAGGAAGUUUAAGGACAGCUGGGGACAUCACGGCUGCAAGCCCUGCCUCUCCUGCACCCUCAUCAACCGUGUCCAGAAGUCCAACUGCACGGCGACGGCCAACGCGGUGUGCGGGGAGUGCCUCCCGGGGUUUUACCGCAAGGCGCGGCUCAGCGGGCAGCUGGACUGGGAGUGCAUCCCCUGCACCAAGCAGACGCCCUCCUCUGAGCCGCA